CAGCAGCAGCAGCAGCAGCAGCAGCAGCAGCAGCGAAGAAGCCACUUUUUAUUAUCAUGAGCACAAGAAACAGCAGCAACAGCAGUGUCCCAGCACUGUUCCACAAAGAUGUCGAAUGCAAUGAAUGCGGAGAACAUCCAAUCUUGGGGACCCGGUAUCGUUCGACGAGACGCCACAACUACGAUAUUUGUCAACUCUGCUUCCAAGAGCACCACAAUGGCGAUGCCGGAGAUUUUGCAGUGUUUGAUAAACGUGCUGCUACCCCCGAAGAACUCUGCGGGAUAUGUCCUCGACAAGGUAGAGCGGUAGUGGCCAACUCGAUUGAAGAAUUGACAGAACGACUUUCACAACGGCAGCAACCACAACAAGAGGAAGACGAAGCAGAAUCACCUGCCGAAGAUAUCGAGCUGUAUCUGAAUCUCAAUCGAUUUUCGACCUUUCCAGAUGCCACCAUUAUUCGCCUCCGAUUGGCCAUGGUUCAGAACAAAACCGUCAAGAGUCUCCGCAUAUUCCUCCGCGGGACGUUUAAUCUCAAUCGAGCCAUGCAAGUCCUAGCCGAAGCGUUGGUCCUCAACAAAUCCAUUCGCUAUCUCGCGGUAUCCGUGUGUGCCAGUCGUCGUCAAGGACGAGCCGAUGGAGCCGCACAGGCACUCCAAACACUCCUUACAACGAACCGCACCAUUCGCUUUUUUCAUUUCAAAACCGUCAGCCGCUUUGGAUUACACGGAGCGGACGGGGAAGGAUUGGGACAAGAUUUGGUCGCCGAUUAUCUAUUCAGUGCCUUGGCGACUACCACACUCUGUCGAUUCCUCUAUCGAGGAGGACAUUGCAAUGUAUCCAACUGUAACCGACAACGGGCUUGUGAAGCCAUGAAAUCCAAUCCACACUUACGCCGUAUUGAAGCUACAUUUGAUGAUCAUGAUGACGACGAAGGAGAAGACUUUCAAUUGGCGUUACUGACCGGGAUCAAAAAUCGACAAUGGAUGGAUCGAUGGAUCGGUGAAGCCGCCACCAAACAAGAUCGGGUCAAUGUUCUGGAGGAAAUCUUGCAGCGUUCUCAGUUGGCGGAUAAGACCAGCGCCAUGUAUCACUUUUUGAGAUGUCAUCCAAGGCUGUUGUUGGAAUAGAAGAAAAGAAGUGAUUGUCUGGCGGAUAGAGGGAAGCUAUGGCAUUCAUUCGUUGUUCCUGAAUGGCUGAGUUCGAGAUUCGGUCAAUCCCCUGUUGCCAGUUGCGCUGUUGUUUCGUUCUUUGCACCUAGUGUUGUAGAAAAGUUAGUGUUCAAUAGUAAGUUAUGGCUUUUAGUACCUGUACAGUUGGAGCCAGCGCCUCAGGCAAAUCUCCCUGUAACUCUACUGUGCACUGCUGCGACAGCGAGGGAAGGGAACUUCGGGUGAACACUCGUGAUGGCGGCGAAAGAACCGAAUUGCCGUGAUUUAUUGCAUUCGCUUCACCAGCAUACAACAUAACCCUAUGAUAUACUGAUACUGGACUAACCAAACAAGAAUAGUAACAAUCACCGAAUAACGAUAAAAAACGGGGAGAGAGCCCAUUGGAUGUCACAAGGGCAUCCUGGUCUAAAGGUCCGAUUUUGCAAUCGAGACACCUGGAUAGGGGGAUCAACCUGAUAUCCCCAUGCUGGAACCCUUGUGGCUUUGGACAUCUUAGGGUCAACACCAUCAUUCAACAAUGAACUCAGUUCCAGUUCACCACUACAAGCUGGAUUGAUGUUUGUGGAUUGGUCGCCCGCAAUUGUGACUGUCACACUGGUUCAACAUGUGGCUGUGGCUCGAUGAACAAUUCCACUGGGGGCGGCGCAGAGUCAAAUGUGAAGAAUGCAUCUUUGGGCAAUAUCUCUUUGCUCAAAUGAGCAUACAAUCCUGUGAGUUAAGGAGAGUGGUAAAGUCAGGCUUGUGCUUCUUUUGCAGGUUGAAACACCCUAUCAACCACUACCAAUGCCAUGGCAUUGGCAUUCCAUUCUGGGGUCAUCAUCAUUCCUCUUUUAAGAAUCCAAUGAUAUCUUCUUCAGGAUUUCAUACACCAGUCUAGCUAGUCUUGUGGCCGGUAGAUGAAUGUAACAAGAACCAAAUACUCUUCCCAUGAAGUGUCAUCCAGUUCUACGGUAGUACCUCAAGAAACUUCAAGGGUACAGCACGUGUGGAGCCCAGAGCAUGGUGCCGGUAGACACCAAUCGGCAGAAACUGCCAAGCUGGUGCUACAGAGGUGCUUGCCCUUUGAAAGGGAAUGGUUGCUGCAGAGCUGGCUCUGCAGUGAGAGCGAGAAACCAAAAGGUCUUUUGGUUUCUCUCUACAGCGCAUGUGUAGGAAGGUGAGCAAUUCUUUUUCACCCAGCUCGCUCGAACUAACGUAUGUACCUCGUACCAGCUAGCUGGACUACUGGUACUGAUUAGACUACAUGAUGUUUCAGUAAAAUUUAC